UUUCUUUGCUUCCUCGUAGUAGCUAGCAGUAGCUAAUAGCUAGUUUACUAUUUCAUAGCUACAAAUUUCUAUUCAUAAAGAGAGGGAGGGAGAGGGGGGCUUCAUUUUAGUGGGGAUGGUAAAGAAAAUGGAGAUGGUGAAUCAUCAAAGGCAAAAGAGAGUAAGGAAGGGUAGGGAUUAUCAUAAUCGAAGAGUGAUGCAGAUCGAGGGUGGUGAUUUUGAUUAUGGAUAUGGUUUUGAUGAUGGGAUGAUGGAGAUGAUUAAUGGAGUAGGAGUAGAAGAAGAAGUGGGGCAAUUUAGUGCUAACAACAAUAUUAAUGGUGUUGUUAUUAGUAAUGGGAAUGAUGGCGUGUUUGAAUCAACAAGAACAAGUGAGCUUACCAUUGCUUUCGAAGGAGAAGUCUAUGUUUUCCCCGCUGUUACUCCUUCUAAAGUGCAAGCAGUGUUGUUUCUUUUGGGAGAACCUGAGACAUCCACUAUUGUGCCAAGCUCGGAAUAUCUGCUUCAACAGAAUGCCAGGAAUGCAGGUGAUGCCUCACAGGGCUUGAAACAUUCACGAAGAGUUGCCUCCCUGGUAAGGUUCCGUGAAAAGCGGAAGGAGAGAUGCUUUGAAAAGAAAGUUCGGUAUACCUGCCGGAAAGAGGUUGCUCAGAAGAUGCAUCGUAAGAGAGGACAGUUUGCGUCAUUGAACAAUUGUUAUGGCACAGAUACUGGCAACUGGGAACCAAGCAAUGGCAUGCGUAAUCCUGAAUUUGAUUUGCUUAGAUGUCAACACUGUGGCAUUAGUGCAAAGGAUACUCCAGCAAUGCGCCGGGGACCAGCUGGUCCAAGAACUCUAUGUAAUGCUUGUGGCCUUAUGUGGGCAAAUAAGGGAACUCUGAGAGAUCUUAACAAAGGAGGGCGACAAAUUUCCUUCAAUCAAAAUGAACCGGUAACUCCUGAUUUUAAGCCUUCAACCAUAGAACGAGAAAAUCCUUUUGCCAACCCUGAUGAAGCGGAGAGCCAAGAAGAGAGUAAGCCUGUGCCAUUAGAUUCUGAAAACUCUCUGAGGCCAAAUGAACAGGAUUUGCUAGAAACUGAUGAGACUGCUCCUGAUCCCUUGCCCAUGCGCGUGGAAAAUUCAUCAAUGAACCUUGAUGAUGAGGACUUUGAGAACACUUUGGAUGAGCUUGGUGACGUUUCAGGUUCAGAAUUUGAAAUCCCGGAGCAUUUUGAUGAUCAGUACAAACUUACAGGUUGACAUUGAGGAUUCCAGUACAGGGACCGAGUGGCCUGGAACCUAAGACCAUGCUAUCUGCCUUCCUUGUUAAUCCUUUCUAAGAGCAUCCGGUUUCUUUCCAGGGAUGAAGAUGCAAUUCUGGUUUAUACUAACAUCAGAUGUCUAGAGAUGGUUUUUGUUUAUAGACAAACUUUACUUGUAUUUGAAAGUUGCUGGGCAUUCUCUUGACACUUUUGUUCAAUGUAUAAUGUGAUUACUGUUCUCCUUUUCCCGUGUUUACCCUCAUUUUGUUCUAUUGUAAGGAUGUAACUAAUCGAAUGGAAAUGUGUUGUGGUAAGGCCUGCUUGCCUUCAUGAAGCAUUGA